GAACUGUGGGAACAUAAACCUCCUACUUUUAAUCUCGUGAUGCACAGUCCAUAGCCCCUGAUGCUUUAUUUUUACACUCAGGGUUAUUGUUAGGUCAUAUGAGAUAAGUUGUUCCGACAGCAAACAUACCUUAAAGAGCAGACGGUAAAAUGUGGACAGCAAAAUUACUUUUAAUUUUGUGCUUCUCCUGUAUUGAGCCAGCAUUGGGACAAUAUCAUGGUAGUGAAUCAAAGGUAGACUUACAAUUCUCAGAAGGUUCAGUGCACCUAGAAAUUGGAGAAACACAUACAGUUACAUUAAGAUUAAGUGAGCCAAGCACAGAGAACACCACCCUGAGCUUCAACUACCAAGAGGGAGACAAAAAGCCACAGCCUUUCCAAGACACUGAAAUCAUCAAGACACUCUCUAGCAUAGUUUUAGUGGAAAAUAAGACAGAGAGCGCUCACAUACCACUGAUAGGAGAGCAUCCAGGUCAUGUGAUCCUAGGGCUGAAUGAUUCAACAAAUGAAUCAAAAGCAUUUGAUGACCUUUUCCAUGUGUUUGUGAGGGUGUCAGUGGUGCAUAGCCUUCCACUGGUGACUGUAAAUGCAGUGAUAGGAUGGAUAUACUUUGUUGCUUGGUCUGUUUCAUUUUAUCCUCAAGUUUAUGAAAACUGGAGGAGAAAAAGUGUGAUUGGUUUGAACUUUGAUUUCUUGUCAUACAACAUCACUGGAUUUGUUGCCUAUGGAGUCUUCAAUGUGGGGAUGUUCUGGAUACCAAGCAUAGAGGCUGAAUAUAAGGACCUGCAUCCUAGAGGGGUGAACCCAGUACAGUUAAAUGAUGUGGUGUUCACACUUCAUGCCAUCUUUGUUACCACCAUUACCAUUAUACAGUGCUUUAUAUAUGAUCGAGGAGGUCAGAGAGUGUCUUAUGUAGCACGCGUUCUACUUGCUGUUGCCUGGAUAGUUGCCAUUGUGGGACUGAUCCUUGGAUUUUGCAAAGUCAUCACUUGGCUGACUUUUGUCUAUUUUUUCUCAUACAUCAAAUUAGCAAUAACACUUAUCAAGUAUGUACCUCAGGCCUAUAUGAACUUUAGAAGAAAAAGCACAGAAGGCUGGAGCAUAGGCAAUGUACUGUUAGAUUUCACUGGGGGGACUUUGAGCCUGCUGCAGAUGUUCCUCAUUGCUUAUAAUUACAAUGACUGGGGGUCUCUGUUUGGUGACCCUACCAAAUUUGGCCUUGGUGCUUUCUCCAUACUGUUCGAUAUUCUCUUUAUUACACAACACUACUGCUUAUACAGACAUUCCAAGCCAGGAUACAAACCUAUCAAUGAAGCCAGUGAAAGAGAAAGUACAGAAAAGUCCAAUGCACAACGGGAUAUUUCACCAGUGCUUUAUGAUACAGAGAGAUAACAUAGUAGGAGGGUUGUAAAGAAUAUGAGGCAAAACGGGGAAAGCAGGGGUACAAGUGCCCCCCCCCCCC